GUCAUUCCGCAGCGCCGGAAGUGGUGCGGCACGGAGAAGUAACGUGAACCUGUCCGUUCUGCGGUUUCGAGGACAAUACACCCAGCUGAUUUAUUCAACAAACAUGUAUUGUGAUAUGGAGAUGAACAAGACACAGUGAUUUCCUAGUAAUGAUGCGGGUGUGCUGGUUGGUGAGACAGGACAACCGGCACCAGCGAAUUAAACUGCCACAUUUGAAAGCAGUCGUUGUAGGGCGUGGUCCAGAGACCAAGAUCACUGACAAGAAAUGUUCUCGACAGCAAGUUCAGUUGAAAGCAGAAUGUAACAAAGGAUAUGUCAAGGUAAAGCAGGUAGGGGUCAAUCCCACCAGCAUUGACUCAGUCAUAAUUGGGAAGGACCAAGAGAUGAAGCUGCAGCCUGGCCAGAUUCUCCACAUGGUGAAUGAACUUUAUCCAUAUAUUAUAGAGUUUGAAGAAGAGGCAAAAAGCCCUGGCCUGGACCCACACAGGAAGAGAAAGAUGUCAGGCAACAGUGAUUCUGCAGAAAGGGCUGCUGCCCAGGAAGCUGAGCCCAGUACAAGACUGGAACCUGGGAGCAACCCUAGCCAGUACUCUGUGCCCCCAAAGAAAGAAAAAGAUGAAUCCACCAAAAAGAAAUCAUUGGGCCACUGGAGUCAAGGCUUGAAGAUUUCAAUGGAGGACCCCAAAAUGCAGGUUUACAAAGAUGAGCAGGUGGUGGUGAUUAAGGAUAAAUACCCCAAGGCUCGUCACCACUGGCUGGUCUUACCGUGGGCCUCCAUUUCCAGUCUGAAGGCUGUGACCAGAGAACACCUUGAGCUCCUCAAACACAUGCACACUAUGGGGGAAAAGGUGAUUGCAGACUUUGCUGGAUCUAGCAAACUCCGCUUCCGACUGGGCUACCAUGCCAUUCCCAGCAUGAGCCAUGUACACCUUCAUGUGAUUAGCCAGGAUUUUGAUUCUCCUUGCCUUAAGAAUAAAAAGCAUUGGAAUUCUUUCAAUACAGAAUACUUCCUUGAAUCACAAGCUGUGAUUGAGAUGGUACAGGAGGCUGGCAGAGUGACUGUGCGAGAUGGAAUGUCUGAGCUCUUGCAGCUUCCUCUCCGUUGUCAUGAGUGCCAGCAGCUGCUGCCUUCCAUUCCUCAGCUGAAAGAGCAUCUCAGGAAGCACUGGCCGUAGUGAUUAUGCGGAGCCUGAACUUCUGCAGCAGAUCUUCUAACUGCAUCCAGUUUCAUUUCCAACAUUAUCACUUUAUAUUUGCUGCACUUUAAUCUUUGUUGUAAAAUGUUUCGUGAGUUUAUCACUGGAAAAAAAGGAGGCAACACAACUGUGCUCAUUACUGUCUGUGAAAGAAAUGAAUAGCAAAUGUACAGUGGCCAGUCACGAACAGACUUGGGCAGAAGAGAUGUGAGUGGUCACUGAUCAUGACGCCCAUCUGUUGUAUUGUGGUUGGUGAACUGAAGGUUAGCACAAAAUUUAUAUCUUAUGUGAUGACUCAGGCUAACAUAUGGUGUUAACUGAAAUUUGAAUUGUUUUAUUGAAUGACUGGUGUUAUUUAAACUAUGGUAACUAAAAUUUGUACAUCUUGGAACUGUGCAAAGCCGGGGAUGCCUGUAACCUAUGCCAAUGAAUCACUUAUCUUUAAACCUUAUCUACUUAAUGCUCUUGGGUCUCAGACUAACUCUGUUUUGUGUCAGAGUCUUGAGGCUAUACCACUCUGACCUUUGAAUCAAAAUUAUUGUAGAGAAGAUGAUCCCUGUGAUUAUCUUCUGAAAAUGAGUGCUCCUCUUGGCUUCCUACCUCCUAAUGAGGCCUUGAGCAGCUCUGCUUCUGACAUUUGUCAUUUCCUUCUGUGGACAAGACAGCAAAACCUCCUCUAUCUGUGCUGCCUGCUCUCCUCACUCUGUUUCUCCAUGACCUUGUGAUUUAGAACUGCCCUCCAGGAACACAUGGCAGCCCUUGCUUGGCUUUAGAGCUCUUGCCUUCCAGCCAGGAUGAAAGUUUUGCUUGAAACACCCACAGUGUCAGCCAGCUAGAUGCUGCCUUGCUAAGGAAUAACUCAUAAACCCAAAGGCACUGUUUUCCCUGAAGAAUGCCUCAUAGUGGCUGUUACAACCUAUCUUUCAAUCCUCAGGCCAGUCUGGCUUUUUCCCCUUUAAGACUCUAAGUUUCAAAUACUCUUCUGUAGUAUUUAACAUGCACUUCAAAGGUUCACAGAGGAAAAAAGUUUCCUGAAGAGAUGCUGUCCCUCUUUAUCCUUCAGAACCUUUGAGGCAUUUUCAAUGUGCCAAAAUGGGUUUUAAAUGGAUCCAGAGAGAUUCCUUGUGCUUCUUUUGUGCCUCCAAGCACUUAGAACAUGGCUAGGCACAUAGGAAGCAUUUAACAAGUGCUUGUGACUCUGCUCAGUGAAAUGACAAGCUAUAGGCGUACUUUGAUUUACACUUCAAUUUUUUUCUGAAAAUUGAUGUUUUUGAGGAUGGGAAGGGAGACAUGAUACUGGAUUGGCAGGAGGGGAAGAAAACUUGCCCUGAGAAGAUUCAUAAUGUGGAUCCUCCUAACAGUGACAGUUUCAGACACCUUUUUUUGAUGCUUUUGGAAAUGAGUAGUUUGUGGGCAAAAUAUCUUUUGUUCAAAUGCGUAUUUUAAAUACUUGCUUUAUAUAUGAUAGCUCUCUACUAGUGAAAAACUGUUGCAGUCGAAAUAAAAAGAUGAGGCCAUGAGACUUGGGAAAAGAUACUGUGACUUGUUCCCUGGAGGGGAAAAGCAUGAGACCUAAUGGGAAUUUCUCUCUUCUGGAGACAUGCUUAUGUCUAGGCUGUCAAGUCUUCCCACUCAUUAGCAGUCUGGGCUGUUUUCCUUUUCAUUCUGUCUCACCUAUGAUAACUGUGAAUUCAGUGGACAUCUAAAUGUAUGUGUCGUGAGGGUAGCUUCCUCCUUUCUGCUGUUAUUUCUGAGCAGCCUAAGGGCUAUUUGAAGGUAGGGCCAAAUCCGCUGGGUAGCCUUGUCUUUGUUUCCUCUAGCCCCUAGCGGAGAAGAGGACUAUGUGCACUGUGGGUGUCUAGAAGUGCUUACGGAGUGAUUAUAUCAUGCUUUCUUUAACAGCUUGUAAGAUCUACUCCGGGAGAAUCCAGGGUCAGUUACAAGAUCAGUUCAGGGCACAGGAGGAAGGAUCUGAGGGCUCAUGGUGCCAUGUCAUGAGGCUGGAUUUAGGAACAGAAAAGCAUGACUCUAGGAACUCCUUUCUGACAUGGUUCAUUACAUGAUUCAGAAUAUUUAAGGGUAAAAUGGCAGCUGCACACAGUCAAAAAGUCACACACAAUACCAGUGCUAAUUCCACCCCAAAACAGCGCAGGUCAGGGGUUCUCAGUGCUUUCUCAAUUUGUUUUUUGUUCAUUCAUGUUAGUUUAUGUUUUAGAUGAAGAGUUUCAAGAAAGCAGGGUUCAGGGUUCAGGGCUGUAUGGUUUGAACUGUGACCUCCCCUGCCAGUUCAUGUUGAAAUCUCUAAAACCUGUACCUCAGAAUGUAUACACACACACACACACACA